UAAGUCUCGUGAAAUGGGGCAAAUGUACACAUCUAACAUGGCGGGAAGAGUAUUUCGUCUGCUAUCUCUAGCGUUGAAACGCAGAUGUCUGUUGCAAACGAAAUUCCUUGUACACCACUCAAAUGUUACUCGUAACGUAAGUUCAUUUCAACUGAUAUAUAAUGAUUAUGGAGAUCCGCGUGAAGUUAUUUCGCACAGAAUAGUAGAGCUAAAGCCUCUCAAGGAGAACGAAGUGUUGGUGAAAAUGCUCAUGGCCCCCAUUAAUCCUUCCGACAUCAACAUGGUGGAGGGCACUUACUUCAUUCGGCCAUCCCUGCCAGCCAUUCCUGGAAAUGAAGGAGUAGGAGAAGUCGUCGAAGUGGGCAGUGCUGUCAAAACGUUACAAGUCGGAGAUUGGGUCAAUCCUGCAGAUUCUGGCUGGGGGACAUGGAGAAACUGGGCAGUCAGCAGUCCGGCAGAGCUCAGCAAAGUUUCAAAUGACAUUCCCGUCAUGGCAGCUGCCACUCUGGUCGUGAACCCAUGCACUGCAUAUAGAAUGUUGAAAGAUUUUAUUCAAUUACAACCAGGUGAUGUGGUCAUCCAGAAUGGCGCCAACAGUUCUGUUGGUCAGGCUGUAAUUCAGCUUGCUAGACAAUGGAACAUUAGAACUGUUAACAUUGUGAGAAACAGACCUGAACUUGAAAAACUUGCUGAAGCCUUAAAGAAACUUGGCGCUGAUCACGUGAUUACAGAAGAAUUUGCUCGAUCUGGGGAGAUGAAAAUUUUUAUGCAAUCUUUAAACUCUAAACCUAAACUUGCUCUUAACUGUGUCGGUGGCAAGAGUGCCACAGAGCUCCUUCGAAAUCUUGACCAGAAAGGUGUGAUGGUGACCUAUGGUGGAAUGUCAAAGCAACCUAUCCUUGUGCCAACGGGUUCUUUGAUCUUCAAGGAGGUGGAGAUAAAGGGUUACUGGAACACUGAAUGGAAUAAGUGUCACCGUGACAGCUCAAAGAAGCAAGCUAUGCUGGAUGAACUCUGUGAUCUUAUUAGAAAGGGUCAGUUUCUGCUGCCUGACAGUUAUGACUACCCACUGGAAAUGCACAAAACUGCUGUGGAGCUUGCUAUGGAAGGGUUUAAAUGUAAAAAAGUAAUGUUUAAUAUUAACAGAGAUGUGUGACAUAAUGAUAACAGAUGUAUUAGGUUUUGUGGACAAUGCUCAUAUAGUCAUUUGAGUAUAUAUAUAAUUUGUUGAUGCUCAUCUACAUGGAAAGGAAAUAUUUGGAUUAUAAAUGGAGCGAAGUAGUUCUUUUGUUAAGGGGAAAAAAGUAUGUAUAUUCGUAUGUACAGAUAUGUCUUUGUACAGUUAUUAAAACUGCUUGUCUGGUAUGUUUGUGCUGCAUAGAUUUACAGGAGCUUAUAAACAGUAAUUUUGUAAAAGUU